AUGGAUCAAGUAGGGGCGGCGCUAACAGCCAGCAAGCGAGAGGCGCGUUCCGUUGUAGACACUCCCAGCUCAGCAGGAGCAAGUGCUGCUGCUUCCGGCGACCGCCACUCGCCUCGUGUCCUCCCUCCUCUCCCCUCCUCGCCCCUUUACCACCCUCACCCCCUUCACCCCUCUCAGAGGAGAGUUGGUGUCUCGCUCUGCGGCGGGCAAGCAGCGUUUGUGCUGCCUGUGAUGAUGAAGCCAGUAACGCAAGAAUUCAAAGUAAACGAAGAAAUUUUCUCUCAUAAACAUUUUCGCAAGUGCGGGCCUCGUUAUAUCGCUGCUGAUAGAAGUGUUUCUCCCCAGAUGAAACGAAAAGUACUCUCAAAGCUUAGGAUCGCGGAGAGAAGAAAUGAUUCCUUUUCAGAGAAGCAGAUUGCUUCUGAAAAACAGUUUGAACUGAUGAAAGGACCUUCUUCAUUGCUCUCCAAGCUUAGGAUUGAGAUCGAAGAAAUUAUUCUCAUGAAGCUUAAUAGGAGCUGCGUGGGGCCAAUUUGCUCUGUGAGCCGCAGAGGUCUUCUGAUUCAAUGGUUGAGCGGCUUCUUGAAGAUGGAGAAGACGAGCUUUAGCGCAAUUGAAGGCUUAGAAAGAAUUGACUAUUCAGACGUCGUGUUUUCGGCCGCUUGUUGGGGAUUAAGGCCGUUUAAAAAGUGUGUGGGAGAAAUGUUAAUAGAAAUAUUGCGUAGUGGUCGAAAGAUAGCUAAUGGUAGGUUGAUCGGAAGCCACUUCAGGCCAGUCAGUUUUCGCAAUGGGGCUGACAACAGGCGCCCGAAGCCGUCCGUGAGCUGGUGGCGCGGGGAGCGGCUGCUGCCGGCCAGGGACAUGCCCAGCCCGUUCCCCAACGUCCAGAAGAGCCAGCUGCUGGUGGCGCCGCUCUCCCGCUCCGACCUGCACUCCGUCUUCACGUGCCAGGCCAUCAACAGCGCCCUCACCUCGCCCUCCUCGGCGCGCGUCUCGCUCGAGAUGCACCAUUGCUACCGAGAUUUUCGCAAAGCAUCUGUGCUUCCGCUGGCGUGCAUUUAG